AUGCUGUUGAACACUCUGCUCAUAGUGUUGAGCUCACAGUGUGUCUGGGCCAGAAAGUCCGAACCUUCCUUUAAUGAGGCAGAUGCAGGUUUGUUCAGGGGAUCAGAUAAAUAUGACUUUGCCAUCGAGGUUCCUGCUGCAGAGAUGGAGUGUUUCUGGCACUUUGCCCACCAGAGUGGAAGCUUCUACCUGAUGUACAUGGUACAGUGGGUAACAGGGAUGGCCAAUGAUCCCCGGCUAUUUGUGACAGUCAACUCACCACAGGGCGUUCUCAUGGCAUCAAAGAAUGAGGCUGUUGGUCAAUUGAAUUUCCAGACUGAGGUGACAGGUUUUUACCGGAUGUGUCUCGGGAACCACAACAACAAGUUUGGAGGCAUCAGGGUCUUUAUGAACUUUGGUGUCAUCUACGAAGGCUUUGUGGAGUCAAAGGGAGAGAUGGAGGAAGGAGAGAAAGUCCUCAACAGCACUUUGACAGAUAUUGAGGUAUUUGUUUCAAUUAUACAUGGUGUGUUUAAAAUAUAUUUUUAAACAUGUCAUCUGCA